AUGAGUGAUAUGAGAUCGUGCGUUCAUUUAGCCUCCUUUGACUUGACUGUGUCGAAUCUAAUUCUUGUUACACUCACGUCACAAUCAGAUCGCGUUGCUACUGACGGCAAGAUCGACAGUGAUGCUGCUGCAAUUGUAUGCGACCAGUCUGGUGAGAGACAGCCAGGAUAUAAACUCAGGCACAUGGUGCAGGAGGCUGAUAAGGAUAGCGAUGGCGCUAUUAACUGGGACGAGUUCUUAGAG